AUGCCGAAACUGGACGCGUAUUUAGCGUCGUCGUCGUCGUCCAACGAGAACAAGAAGAACAGGAAAAAGAAGAAGAGCGUUUUAGGAGACGACGACGACGAUGGGAGCGACACGAGCAGCAGCAAUAACAGCAGCAGCAGCAGCAGCAGCGGCGAGGACGACGACGAGGAGGAGGAAAAAAAAGAAACGGGAGGAAACGAGACCAACAAAACGAAAACCAUUCCUCUUUCUCCUCCUCCGACGUACCCUGCGACGUUAUUGAAACCGAAAAGGAAAACAGGGAAGGAGAUUUACGACGGAAUACCGAAAUACAUACGGGAUAAAAUUAUCAACCCGGAAGUUUUAAUAAACUGGACACCUGGUGAGGAGGAAAACGGGGAGGAGAUACCUGAGCCUGAAUUUGAACCCGUCCCGGCGCAUCCGCCGAGACGAAAGUGUCCAGAAGGAACGGAGCUUCCGUAUCCGUGGGAAAGCGAAAUUGGGAAGCCGUUACCGAACGAACGAUUAAUACGGAAGAUGCUCGGCGAACCGAAAAAGUACAGACAACCGGACGGGUCCUUAGGUCCAACGCCGAGACCGAAAAACCCGUGGACCGUGGCGAACAGGAAAGAGUUUUCCGAUUUGGUGCACUACUGUCGCACGAACGGAGGAUUAUCUGAAGCCGACGGGUAUGUAGACGGCGUCUCGUAUCGAUACAGCAUCGGGUGCACGUGGACGCAACACAGACUGUACAUGGAACAAAUCCACCAAUACCCAGAAGUUAACGAGCGCGGCGAAUGGUUCGGCUUUGACCCGAAAAAAAUCCACCCGAUUGAUGACGACCCGACGCACUUCAUCACCAAAGCCAAAGCGGACUCGUACCGCGAGCUCGAAAAACGAGGCAUCAAUGGUACCAAGCUCGAAGAGAUGUUUAAAGAAGAAACUCUGAACAAAUCCGGCGGCUGGCACUGGGGCGAUGGCACCGAACCGUCGCACACCGACGGAGGCCCAAACGACGCCAACGACGGCGAGGAACGAGACAUCGAGAGCGAACCGGAGGAUCCAGAAACCUCCCGGUGCCCGGAAUCCCUCGAGUGGGUCGAAGAACACAUCGCGAGAGAGAAAGAAGAUGAAAGCCUAAGGAGAAGAGCUGAGAAUUAA